CGCGGCCCGGCCACCAUGCACUUGCUGGGCUUCUGCUCUCUGGCGUGUUCCCUGCUGGCCGCUGCGCUGCUCCCGGGUCCGCGCCGGGCGCCCGCCGCUGCCGCCGCCUUCGAGUCGGGACUGGGCUUCUCGGACACGGAGCCGGACGCGGGCGAGGCCAAGGCUUAUGCAGGCAAAGAAAUGGAGGAGCAGCUGCGGGCAGUGUCCAGUGUGGAUGAACUGAUGACUGUGCUCUACCCCGAAUACUGGAAAAUGUACAAGUGUCAGCUAAGGAGAGGGGGCUGGGAACACAGUAAGGAACAGGCUAACACCAACACAAGGACAGGAGAGACUCUAAAAUUUGCUGCAGCACAUUAUAAUACAGAGAUCUUAAGAAGUAUUGAUAAUGAGUGGAGAAAGACUCAAUGCAUGCCACGGGAGGUGUGUAUAGAUGUGGGGAAGGAGUUUGGAGCAGCAACAAACACCUUCUUUAAACCUCCAUGUGUGUCCGUCUACAGAUGUGGGGGCUGCUGCAACAGCGAGGGGCAACAGUGCAUGAACACCAGCACAAGUUACCUCAGCAAGACGUUGUUUGAAAUUACAGUGCCUCUCUCUCAAGGCCCCAAACCAGUAACAAUCAGUUUUGCCAAUCACACCUCCUGCCGAUGCAUGUCUAAGCUGGAUGUUUACAGACAAGUCCAUUCAAUUAUUAGACGCUCCCUGCCAGCAGCGCUACCACAGUGCCAGGCUGCAAACAAGACUUGCCCCACAGAUUACAUUUGGAAUAACCACGUCUGCAGAUGCCUGGCUCAGCAGGAUUUUAUUUUCUCCCCCAGUGCUGGAGAUGACUCUGCAGAUGGAUUCCAUGACAUCUGCGGGCCCAACAAGGAGCUGGACGAAGAGACCUGUCAAUGUGUCUGCAGAGGGGGGCUUCGGGCUUCCAGCUGUGGACCCCACAAGGAACUAGACAGAGACUCAUGCCAGUGUGUCUGUAAAAACAAACUUUUCCCCAACUCAUGUGGGGCCAACAGAGAAUUUGAUGAAAACACAUGCCAAUGCGUAUGUAAAAGAACCUGCCCAAGAAAUCAGCCCUUAAACCCUGGAAAAUGUGCCUGUGAAUGUACAGAAAAUCCACAGAAAUGCUUCUUAAAAGGAAAGAAGUUUCAGCAUCAAACAUGCAGUUGUUACAGACGACCAUGUACAAAUCGAGUGAAGCAUUGUGAGCAGGGACUUUCAUUUAGUGAAGAAGUAUGUCGCUGUGUCCCUUCCUAUUGGAAAAGACCACAUGUGAACUGAGAUUGUAUCUUUUCUAGUUCGUCAUUGUUCUAUCAUGGGAAACCAUGCUAGAGCUAUGAACACAGAGACUCUGUGGACCGGGUAACAAAGACAAACGUCAGUUUCCUGAGUCACGUGGAGAAUGUUACAGAAAUGGACUGGAGCUCGUCUGCAAAAGACCUCUUUAAAAGACUGGUUUUUCUGCCAAUGACCAAACAGCUGAGGUUUUUCUCUUGUGAUUGUUUUUUAAAAAGAAUAAUGACUAUAUAAUUUAUUUCCACUAAAAAUAUUGUUUCUGCAUUCAUUUUUAUAGCAAUAACAACUGGUAAAGCUCACUGUGAUCAAUAUUUUUAUAUCAUGCAAAAUAUGUUUAAAAUAAAAUGAAAACUGUAUUAUAAGCUGAUAA